AUGGCCGAUUCACAACUCAAUUUCGACGUCUAUUCUCAUCUCCUCACUUUCGUGUCCUCUCCUAGCGAUUUGCUUUCGUUUGGCCUUGCGAACAAGGACCUUUUCGAACUCGCAGGCCCAGAAAUCAUAUACCGUUCCAUACGAUGCAAGCUUAGCAACAACGCUGUCUGGGAGCACCUCAUCGCCAAUUCAGCACAAGCAUCUAGGGUGCGCGAGCUCGAGAUCCAGAGGGAGAACCCAUCCGGCUAUGGGCCUUUGGAUGAAAGAGAGCGCUUGCCUGAAGGAAAGAAUUUGGAUAGCUCUGGCCUUUCAUCCGUCGACUAUGCAGAGGUUGAGAAAUCGGAACGCCUAUUGCUUUCGGCAAUACACAAGAUGGUCAACCUGGAGUCGUUCACCUGGGAUCGAUGGGUGCCGGUUGUAAACCAAGGCGAAGAGGUCCAGGAGUCGAGAGAGGUGCAACCGGCGACGUAUUCGGAGGAUAUUUGGACUGCUCUCCGAGAUCAUGCGCAAAUCAAAAGGCUGAAUGUUGUAGAUCUUGGGAGAUCAGAGGUUCUUUUGGAGGGCAUCCGUCCUAUUUUCGAGAGCACGAUAUUCACACUAGGAAAUCUUACUCAUCUUGACCUCAAAAUAAUCUACUCUCCACUCAACGAGAACGAGGGAGCUGAAGGCGUGAAUAACCACAACGACGAUGACGAUGACGAAGAGGAGUUAUUGCCUGGACGGGUCAGGAUCGAACGUCUGCAAGAUCUUCUUAGCCGCUGUCCCAACUUGGAGACUCUCUCCUUGGCUAUCCUCGACAGGAGUUUCUACUACGACUUCGACGGCAACCCAUUCACCAACAUCAGCUCAAUCCUGUCAUCCAACCCCUUACCACGUCUAUCAUCUCUGAAGCUACAGGAUAUCCUUAUUGAUGACGACGUUUUGGCGCACUUCAUCGUUGCCCACCCCAAUCUCCGCCAUUUUUCUGCCUUCUUAUCGAUUGACGGCGAUAGUCUGCCCAGCUCUCCGUUCGCCUUGGAAGGAUAUGAGGACGAACUUAUCGAUAUCCUUCCCAACCUCCUCACCAUCGAUCUUCCUCCUGAGCCCCUUCGUAUAAUUCUGAGAGGGCUGAAGCGACCUUCGGUCAUUCGCGAACUCAGUGUCGUCGAGCCAUGCGACUGGGAUGCGCACGAAGACGGCGAGUCAGAAGAGCGUGUUUCGUCUCUCGAUGAUGUAUGGGGUGCGCCGGAAGAGAACCUUGAGUCGCCUAUGGAAGGAACUCAUCGCAGCCAGCUCAAGAACUUGCUCAUUGACAUGCCUGGGCUCCAGUCAAUCGUGGUCAAGGACGUAGUAAGUCUUUCGCAGUUGGACAAGCUCUCAAAAGCUACACCAACUGUUGAAUCUGUUACUUUCCGCGGCCCAUUCAUCGGCCACUUGGCGAACCACCCGCGCCCACAUGCAGAGCUGCUGCCAUACAUCGCGCGCUGGCCCCGCCUCAAGAGCUUAAGAGGCUGCCACCUGUUCGCUGGAGCAUCGGUCGACUUCGCUUCGACAGAUACCCUGGCAGCUGCCAAGGAGAUUGCACAGGCUUGCCCUCUAGUUCGCUCAGUCUCGUGGCACGGACAGAGCGUCAAGCUUGUGCAAGCUGACGACGGCGAGGUUACAUUGGAGGAUAAGAAUGCGUAG